UUGGAGGGAAUGAAACUAACUUCAUCUUUGAAGCAAACACACAAUUCUCUCUCUCUCUCUCUCUUGAUUGAGAAAUUUCCUAUUUUCUAUUGUCAUUAUAGAUAGCUAAGAAAAUACAGAAAUGGAUCGUAGAAUAGCUAGCAGAGAGAUGGGUGGUGCUAGAGUUCUUCAGCGUUUUGCAUUCUUCUUGUAUUUUUUUCUUAAUUCUGAUUCAAGCAUUGCAGAGAAACCUCCUCUUGAAGCAAUCCGGCAAAUCCGAAAGCUUGACAGUGAAGAAAUCCCAGUAAUCUUCCCACCUUCAAUAUCAGAUACCCAACUGGACACUAUUCCCAUUGUCAACCCAACUCCUCCAUACACGGCGACUCCGAUUAUAAUGCCGCCAGGCCCACCACCACCAACCACCACGGAACCAACCACUCCGAUCACAACUCCAACCAUCCCAACUCCGGCGACCACCGCCCCCGCAACGUCUGGAGGGGCUUGGUGUGUUGCAAGCCCAACCGCAUCACAAACUGCUUUGCAGGUGGCUCUUGAUUAUGCUUGUGGCUAUGGAGGUGCAGAUUGCUCACCGAUUCAGAACGGGGCAAGUUGUUAUAAUCCAAACACGCUCCGUGAUCAUGCUUCGUAUGCGUUCAAUGAUUACUAUCAGAAGAACCCAGCUCCGACUAGCUGCAGUUUCGGAGGAACAGCACAGCUCACCUACACUGAUCCAAGUUCUGGAAACUGUCAUUAUUCAUCGCCUAAGACAUUGACAUCAACACCGAUGACACCAACACCGACAAUACCAACACCGACAAUAUCGACUUUCACACCACCACCACCCAGCAUCAAUACUCCGGUGAAUCCUUACAACACCCCAAGUGUACCAACAAUUUACGGUUCUGAACCGACAUCAUCCCCCAACUCAGCAGAUUCAGUGUCACACAAUGUACUGCUGCUCUCCACCGCCACUUUUUUCUCACUUCUCGCAGCAAACUAUCUCUAGACAGCUGAGAACGAAAUCCAAUUAUUCUCUCUCCACAAUGAGAUGGUGAUUCAUUCAGUUCCCUGGACGCUCUCUAUACAGAGUUUUAAGGGGGCGGUGGAAAUUAAAUCCAAGAUAUAAAUCUCAAAGCCGCCUUUUUUCCAUCAUAAGAUCAUAGCUAUACUUCAUCUACUUAUGCAUUGUAGUUCAACUAAAAAGACCAGAGAGAAUGAAGAAGAAAAAAAAGUAGGUUUUUUAUUGAUACUCUUUAUGCAGUUAAUAACUAUAUAGUCAAGACCAGAUGGUUUUAGGACUGCUUUUAGGGCAGAGACAUGUACAAUAGCCAUCAACUGACUCAAUGAUCAGAAGAGUGAUAAACUACUGAAUUCAGUACUAGGCAUAUACAGUAAUCUUCCAUAUACAUGUUUGUUGCUAA